AGACUUGUCUGACCUUUGAAACCAGAAAAAAAUAAUGAUGGCAGUUUAUUUUAUCUUUCUCGCAGUUGCAUAACUAAUCCUGAGUUUAUUCAGGUGUUUCAGAUAUAUUCAGAACUAAAGCCAUCACUGUGAUGGUCAUCAUACAAUGCAAGGGUUUAUUUUAGCAUUUCUGAUUGGCUGUGUGAUUACCUCAUGCUUUUACCAUUCCUGGUGUUGCCUAGAAUUGUAUACAUGAGCCAAGAAAAUCAAGGUAAUUUAAACAAUGAUCCUUGAACUGUGAUAAGGUGAGAAUAUGGCCAAUAAAAUGGUUCUGCUGUCUUUGUCCUCACACAAUAUAACUACUAGCCCACCAGGAAAGGUUCCAAUAGUGUUUUGUCCAAGAGUUACUGAUUUGCUACCUGUGGAACUUGUUAACAUCUUAUAACAUAACACGGGGACCAUGGCUCAUAAGGUAGCGUGCUGCGGCCUCAGCACCCUGGAGAUCCUCCUCAUCGUGCUCUUUGUGCUAAUGACCGGCGUGACCGUGGGCCUCAUCUCUGUGAUGGCCACCACAUGGGACACAGACCUGCCACCAGAGGAGCCUGUCCCCACGGGGAAGCCAUCGGAGAAUCCCUACCUGGUGGGGGUGGGCAGGGCAGACGUCACGGGACCCGUCGGGGACGUGCCCCUGAUGGGAUACGCCAAUUCGGAUCAGACGGCGGGGGGCAUCCACACCCGCCUCUACAGCCGGGCCUUUAUCGUGGACGACACGAGCAAGCGGGUGGUGUUCGUGAGCGCGGACAUAGGCAUGGUCUCCCAGAGGCUGAGGCUGGAGGUGUUGAGGGCGCUUCAGUCCAAAUACGGUAGCCUUUAUGGACAAGACAACGUGGUGCUGAGUGGCACGCACACCCACUCUGGCCUGGCUGGGUACUUCCAGUACACUCUCUUCAUGAUCACCAGCAAAGGCUACAUCAAGCCCUCCAUCCAGCCUAUUGUCAAUGGCAUUGUGAAGAGCAUAGACAUGGCCCAUAAGAAUCUAAAGCCAGGAAGGAUAUUUCUGAGUAAAGGGGAGCUUGAAGACAGCAACGUGAAUCGAAGUCCUCACUCUUACCUGAACAACCCCGCAGAGGAGAGGAACAGAUACAAAUCCAACACGGACAAACAAAUGGUGGUCCUGAAGUUCACGGACCUGGAUGGAGACGGUUUGGGAGUGCUCAGCUGGUUCGCUGUCCAUCCCGUCAGUAUGAACUAUACCAAUCGCAUGGUGAGUGCGGACAACCUGGGGUAUGCCUCCUACCUGUUUGAGCAAGAGAAGAACAUUGGCUCUUUACCUGGAGAGGGUCCAUUUGUGGCUGCCUUUGCCUCCAGUAACCUGGGAGACGUCUCCCCAAACACCAGAGGGCCGUACUGUGUGAACACUGGUGAAGCCUGUGACUAUGUCAACAGCUCCUGCCCCAUCGGAGGGACAAAAAUGUGUGUUGCCUUGGGACCGGGAAAUGACAUGUUUGAAAGCACCAGGAUCAUCGGAGAGAACGUUUUUAAGAAGGCGAAGGAGCUGUACGGGGGGCCGCAGCAGGAGGUGCAAGGGGUCCUCCAUGUGGCCCACCAGUGGGUGGACAUGACUAGUGUGACGGUCCAGCUCAACUCCACUCACACGGUGAACACCUGUAAACCAGCUCUGGGCCACAGUUUUGCAGCAGGAACUACAGACGGCGGGGGCGAUCUCAACUUCACACAGGGGGCGGUAGAGGGGGAUCCGUUCUGGGAUGACAUUCGGGACGCUCUGCUGGGAACGCCUUCCAAUGAGACGCAGGACUGCCACAGGCCCAAGCCCAUCCUAUUUAGCACGGGAGAGAUGAAGAAGCCCCUCCCGUGGCACCCCGACAUUGUGGACGUGCAGAUGAUCACCAUCGGAAACGUGGCCGUCGUCGCCAUCCCAGGAGAAGUGACCACCAUGUCAGGGAGAAGGAUAAGAGAAGCAGUGAAACAGGAACUGGAGGCCCGUGGUGACUUUGCCAACACAGAAGUGGUCAUUGCUGGACUGUGUAAUGUCUACACCCACUACAUCACCACCUAUGAGGAGUAUCAGAUCCAGCGCUACGAAGCAGCGUCCACCAUCUACGGACCCCACACCCUCUCUGCUUACGUACAGCUCUACAGAGGCCUGGCCAGGGCCAUUGCUGGGGGUAGCGAGGGCGAGCUGCCGGCAGGUCCCGAGCCCCCCUUCUUCAACGAGAGCCAGCUCUUCACCCUGAUGCCUCUUGUCCCAGCGGACAAAAAGCCGGAGAACACCAGCUUCGGCGAAGUGCUGGAGCAAGUCCUGCCCCAGUACACGACGGGAGAAGUCGCCUCUGUAACGUUUGUCAGCGGGAAUCCCAGGAACUCUGGAGACAUGACUGAGAAGACUUUCAUCACAGUAGAAGAGUACCAUAACCAAUCACAGAAGUGGGAUAUAGUCCACACAGAUGCAUCUUGGGAGACAAGGUUCCACUGGAUAAAAGGGGGCGGGGCUCAGAGCAACGCCACCGUGGAGUGGCACAUCCCGUCCUCCGCCCGCCCUGGCACCUACAGGAUUCGCCACUUCGGACAUUUCAAGGAGAUAAAGCUUCUGAAACCCGUGAUCACAGCCUACGAGGGGACGUCUGACACGUUUCGCGUCGUUUCCCCAAGGAUCGGCGCAGGAAGCAGCUCCUUUUCCUGGAUUUAAUGCAGCCAUUUUCUUCUGUGUGUUAGCUAUGUGGUGCAAAUACUCUCUAGUCCCUUAAAAUGUACAAACACUUGUCCCUGGGAUGGUACCAUAUAGGUACAUAACAUUGUACCCAUUAGCAGCAACACAUAAUUCAUUUGUACCAUUUGUGCUUGUAAAAGGUACUUAUUAGUACCCAAAUGGAACAUUAUUGCACUUUCCGGGUACAUUUGGGUGAUUUGUCCCUUAAAGAACGAAAAUGUACCUCUGCUGUUCCUUUAUUUUGGAGUGUAGGUUGUGAAACGGAAAGAUCCAGUGGUUCUGUGGUUCUGUUUUUUAAAGUCAACCAUUGAGAGUAUGUGUUUGUAUUUAUUUUGAUGGCACACAUUUUUCAGUUGUAAAAGAAAGUAUUUUGCUUUAAUGAAAGCAUGUGCAGUAAUAUAUAAAUAUUAAAAGGUUAGAUUUUGUCUUUAUUCAUUUGGUUUCAAGAAUUUGGAAUAUUCGAUUUGUUUACGCAAUCUGUCAUAAAUAUUCCUUGACUUGUCCAAUUUUCUCUUGUUUGCAAAAUUUAUUUUCCAAUAAGACAGGAGGAAAGCACAUUUAUUGCAUACUAUACAUUUAUUGACAUUUCAGAGAGCAAUUAAAUGACACACAGCAAUUACCCAAGCAGUACUAUUCAAUUUUCAGGAUAAUGAUGCAUUUGAUUUUAUUACAUUUCCAAUUUUUCUAAGUUUCAUCCCCAAAUGGUAAUUCCGUUAUUGCUUUUUUCCAACCAAUAUUGAUAUAUCGUAGAAUUUGAAAUAUUCAAAUAUCCAAAACAAAAGAACUCUAUACAAAUAGUGUUGCAUUUCUGGUACAAAAAUAAGUUCUAAGUGCUACACACACUUUUAAUACUGUCGCUGUAACUGCUCAGGCAUCGUUUCAAAUAUUAGUUUAACAGAGAGUGAAGCCAUUGUGCCUUUAUUUUCAUUUCACAAUCAGCUGCAUGUUCGGACUUGAAGAUAGAUUCAUUUUCAGCAGGCAUACACAAAAGCCUUUCUUAUUCUGAACAUGCAUCCAAAUGGAAUGUGAACUUGAACCCUAACCAAAACAUGCAAAAAAUGAAAAAAACAAAAUUGCCUGGAAGGAAAGCUUUCUUCCUCUAUUGCUAAGGAGACCAAUCUUUUAGUCGACUUUAUAGAUUGCGUUUCCUACACACAGUAUUAAUACCUGCAAAAUAGAAAAAGCAUUUUGUGUUUGGAAAUAUUGAGUGGGAAAAUAUAUAUUUAAAAAAAGGAAUGUCUUUAAAAGUAGGCCAUAUAUGAAAGUGACUCAGUCACUCCAUUCUCAAUUAUUCCCCUCUCAACAGACAUCCCAUGCUAAUGUCUUCCAGCACACAGAUACAGAAAA